CUUUCCUACUCUAUAUGAAUAAAUAUAAAUCUGGCUUGUGCCCCCAACCCCAAUACAGACUGUGCCUCCCUCCCUCCAACUCCAGAUGUCGUUCCUACGGGUCUGAAUUCAAUUACUUAUUUAUUCAAGUGUUAUUUUUGCCCCAUACAUUUCAUGAUUUUUCAGUUUAAGCUCUUCUAACGUGAAGUUGUCCCAUACUGACCAGUACAUGAGGUUGCGGACAUAAAAGGAAAUCUCGGUGAGAUGGUGGGGGGUAUAACUCUCGAAGAAGUAAGGAACUCCGGUUUAUCCUAGAAGGAAAACACUUCUGGGUCUGGUAGACAAACACGACGAUGGACGAGGAUAGCGACUCGGUGCAACUAGACGACGACGAAUAUCUCGAUAUCGAGGAAGACGACGACGACGAAAGCGUCGAUGAAAGCGUCGACGAGAACGAAACGCGCGCAGAGAUACAGGAAAACCUGACCGCCGGCGGAAACAGCGACAAGUCUAAAAGUGUACCUCGACGUCUUCUACGGACGCCUAAAUGCGCACGAUGUCGCAACCAUGGCGUCGUGUCGUGCCUCAAGGGACAUAAGCGAUACUGUAGAUGGCGCGACUGUCAGUGUGCUAAUUGUUUAUUGGUCGUUGAGAGACAGAGAAUAAUGGCGGCCCAGGUGGCGCUCAGAAGACACCAAGCGACGGAAAUGUCAGGUGCGAUGAAGGCCAAGGUCAAGAAUGCAGCCAAUCUGCUUCAGCAACGGAAGUUGCUCCAGAGGAAUCUGCGCAGUCUCCAGCAACAUUCGUUGUCACGUGAUAUUUUAACCAGUUACCGAUCUCGGUUGCACGCACUUCCUCCGCCAGAGGCGCUGCGGACGAUGGUGCCCUACCUGAAUGAGCGGAUGCGGAAGCGGCGCUGUUUCGCCGACAAGGAACUGGAGAUGGUGAUGCUGGAGAGAGAGCAGCAAGCGGAGAUGCUGAAGCGCAGAAACAGCGGGGACCCAGUCCCUAACACGGCCAGCAUGGAGGCGGCCGAGAAAUACCGCCUGCUGGGGAACCUUACCCCGAGGGACUUCUUGCAUCGAAUAUUCCCCACCCACAAUCCCAACGUCUUGGAACUGGUAUGGCAGGGUUGUGGAGGGAACCUGGAACGUGCAAUAGAACAGCUAGCGUCCGGCAUGAAGUCUGAUCAGAUACAAGCUCUGUCGUCUCAAAUGAACCAGCAUGCCAUGUCCGGAAACAUUUUUGGAGCUUAUCCUUUCUCUGUGCCCGUUAUUGGACUGAAAUCAGCUCUGCCGGACUUUUUGGGCUCCCAGUCACUGCGCAGUCCGUUGUGCGCAAUGAACCUUUCGCCGUGGGGUAUUCAUGUUAAUAUGCCGUCCAGUAUUCUUCCGGGUUAUACGCCCUUCAGGACUUCGGAAAGUGUUCAUUCUCAGAUGAAAAAGACUCAACUAAAGUGUGCGGACAUCAGAAAUCCGAGUGGCGCGGAUACGACAAGGAGACGUUCUGCGUUUCACUCCAUCAUUCCCAGUGGCGGCGCCACACUAGUUGGUGGUGCUCGGUCGGUGUCGGGGGAAAGUGUAUCCACCAGUCCAAAAAGUCCGGGUUUUUGCUCUGAUGAAAUUCUAGACAAUAACAAAUCAGUGAAUCUGAAAACAGCUCCAUUAAAGUUUUCUGUGGAAUCUAUAAUGGCAAAAUAGUUGUGUGCUUUUUUUCUAAGACACCAGUUGUGUGUUAGCUAUGACAAAAUGCAACAGUGUGUGAAAAAUACAAUUUUGUGAUUUAUAAAAUAUAUUGGAUAACGUUUACUUGGAUACGUUGUGAUUGGUGACAUUUAAAAUUUAAUACACCAUGAAGACAAGCUAUUAUUCUGUUAUUGACCAAUACAUCGGAAAUGGGUAUUUCUUAUAAGGUGUUACAUAAUUCGGUAUAGAUUGUUAUUUUAUCACUGGCAGUUUUCUUGUAAGAUAUGAAACAAUGCUUAUGAUUGUCCUUUUUUCGCUACCAACUUGUUCUCCUGGUCGAUUUCUGAAAUAAUCUGGACAGUGUUUUCCACUGAGAAUUAUGAGAAAUUAUUUCCACCUCUAGCCAUGUUGAGAUUACAUCAAGUAGAGAAUAAUAAAUCAUAUAUCUACAUGUGGAUUAGCUUUUGUCUAUUGCAUUUUUUUUAAUCACACAAACAUCUAAAUUGUUUGAAAAUGUUCUAUAAUAGCUUUGCUUUGUAAUAAAUGCAAUACAUAUGAUAGUAUUUCGGUUUAAAGGUGAGACAUUAUAAUUAUUGCAUUAGAUCGGGUAUGGAGAGCUAUUAAUUUGUUACGAUAGACUUGGAAUUGAUUGCCGUUGCAAUUUCGCAGUCUUUGUAUUGUACCAAAAAAUAUAUAUCUACCCCCACCCACCCCAACAAAAACAGGAAGAAACAGGCAAUUUAUGAUCGAAAUGUUUAAUUACAAUUGCAAUGAGAUAGAUAUCUAUCCCGUACAUGUUCACGUUAUGGUACUAACAUCUUGGGGUGUUUUGCAUAGUAUAUUUUAUUGAAUGCUGACAGAUGAAAAAAACUACACUUUUUUGGUGGGAGUAUAUGUUAUUUCCAGUGUUCCACCAUGAUUUUCGUGCAUGGAAAGUUUGUUAUCCAUCUUACGUCGUGAAGUUACACCGACAUUAAUGGGUGCUAAAAUAGUUUAUCUGACGUACAUAUUUGUUAGAAAGCGUUCGUCAGAAUGUAAUUAUUGUAUCACUUUACCGUCUUCCUUUCCAAAUAAACAUGUUUUAGAAAGAUA